CAUCUAUUUAGGAUCUUGAAGCAAUGUUUGACGAUGAAUGCGAACUUACAAAUGAGGAAAUCCUCGAGCUUAUGGAGAAACCAAACCCACAUGGGCUGGAGCCUUUCGGGCCAGACUGGGAGAAGGAGAUGGACAUGCAUCCUUUGUUUAUGGAUGAUGUACCUCAAGAAGUUAUUGAUGGAACAUUCGAGAGAACAAAGUGGCCAGUAUUAGCAUCUCAUCUUGACAUGAUGUACGAUGAUGAUGAAGAUUUGGAGUAUACUGCAACAUGUUACAAAGAUGAUGGAAAUGUUGAGUACAAAAAGGGAACUAAAGAAGGCUUCAUAAAAGCUAUCAUCUCUUAUACAGAAGGAUUGAAAAAGAACUGUGUCAACGAAGAGCUGAAUUCACAAUUAUAUUGCAACCGAGCUGCAGCUCAGUUUUCUAUUGGAAAUUACAGGAGAGCUACUCAAGAUUGCGAGAAAGCAUUAGAGCAGAACCCAACUUACGUGAAGGCAAUUACUCGUGCAGCUCAAGCUCAACUCAAGUUAGGUAACAGGACAGCUGCGAUUGCUUGGUGCGACAAGGCUUUAGCGAUUGACAAGCACAGUAAAGUCAUUAUAGAGAUGAAAGUCAAAGCUUUACAGAAACUGAAGGAAGACGAACGCAACGCAAGGAAACGUGCGGCCCAAGAAGCAAAGGAACAACGGAAAAACACAAUAUUACUCGAGGCCUUUCGACUGAGGAAUCUUAAUCUAUUUUUACCAGAGGAGGAUGACGAGGAAACAGCAGAGGAGCGGGACGCGCGCCUCCUGGACAGUUUGAAAUGCACGUCACACGGUCACGUGACCCUUAACGAGGAGGGACAGUUAGUCUGGCCUGUCAGACUCCUGUACCCUGAGCACGCCACCAGUGACGUCAUCCGGCAGUUCUCGGAGGUAAAUAGUUUAUCAGACCAUCUGUCCUACAUGUUCCCGCCUGGUGGUGACAGCCCGGAAUGGGACCCUGACAGAGAAUACACGCUUCCUAAACUGUGUGCUAUUUACCACGCUGGAAAUGACAGAGUGGAAAUGGACAAGGAAACAAGCCUACUGGAGCUACUGACAAAACACAACAUUCAGAUAAUCACUGGAGUGCCUACAUUCGAGAUCUACGUCAAGGGUUCGGACUCUUACACUAAGAACGUUUUGUCAGGCAGCUGAUGAUUGGAACUUCAUGAGAAUUCUUUGUAGCUUAAGUUAUUUUUUCUAAUAGUUUGUUUAAAAUGUAAAGGGAUAAAUAAUUUGAUUGCGAAAUGUA